AUGGGUGCAAAUGAGGGUAAGGAUAGCACUGAAGAAAAUUCUGAUUUAGAGUCAGCAAACUACCAAGGAUUUUCUCUUCGUGAUAAUCAUCAAUUAUGUAUUAAUCAAAAAGAUCGAGAAGAAAAAGGAGAUGAAGUAAGAAAAAUGAGAAAGUGUUAUGGUGAUAGCACAGUUACUUUAAUAUCUAUUAAUACUAAGUUAGAAGAUAAAGAUAACAACAGAGAAAAUAAGGAAAAUAGAUGGAAGGCUACUAGCCCAGAUCUGGGCACUUCUCCACCAAACAGAGGGUUAUUUCAGCAAGUCAACUUAGGUUUACUACAAGCACUAGAAUCGGUAAAAAGCCGUAACCGAGGCAACCCAAUCGACGGUAUUUAUUCCAUCCUUGGUCUGCUACCUUAUGGUGAAGAAAUGAAAGUAAAAUAUAAGCCGAAGAUAUGUUAUCUAUGUCCGAACCAACAAGAGACUAAAGAUUGUUCUCAUGUAGAAGAAAGUAAAAAAUAUCCUAUUUAUACUAAAGAAGAGUUAGAAAACAGUCUAAUGAGUUUGGUAAAACUAUCCAUAAAAGAAGGAUAUCUUGAGCCUUUAUCUUGGAAUGAAAGUAUCGAACUUACUGAAACUGGGAUUAGAUUGAAUGGCUCUCAGCAUGUAGUUAACAAUGAUUCAAGUGAUUUUGUUUAUUCAAGGGAUGGAAAAACCGAAAAGUUGUUCAUUGAUGUAGUAAAUAAAAAAGUCGUAAACAAGUUAAAAGAAUUAUCUGGAGAAGUACAAGAACAAAUAGAAGAACUUUUAGCAACGCAAGAGAAAAUCACAAUGUUAUCUUUUAUGAAAGGUAAGACAAAUAUUUCCACAACUGAAGAUGACUACAUGAUUGACAUUGAACUCGUUGAAGAAAUGCUAGAGGAAUCGGAAGAAGAAUUAAAAGAACUCAAAGAAAAACUUUACAAACACCUAACUGUUGAUGAAGUAGAGGAACUUUGUCAAGAACGAAAAGAAAAAAUUGUUAGAGAAAUUAUACAAAAAGCAAUAAGGUUAGAGCAAGAAAAUGAAUAUCAAACAAAUUUUUCAGUUAAUCCAAAUCAAUAA